AUGCAAAGUUUUAUUUUAGGAAGACUCCGGCUCCAGCGACUCACUCCAAAGAUUGUUCCCUUGAACCUUAGAAACUACGCUCGCACUUUUGCUUCAAAGGAAGUCGAAAAUCGGGACGAAGAUGUUGGCAUUACUGGGAGAAGAAGGCGUACCAAAAAGAGACCCAAGAUCCAUGCUUCUGAUCCCGAUGACGAAUUUAUGCAGAUGUGGAGCACAACAGAAGGAUACAUUCAAGAUCAACUCAGAGAAGUCACAACGGGCGUCAAAAUGUCCAGACGAAAGUACGUGAAAGUGAAUCGACCCAAUGUUAGCACACUGCCCCUUGCGAGUGAACUGACGUUAGACGAGCGGAGUAAAUUGCUAGAAGAUGAUCCUUCCGUGGAUUUUAGAAUCCCUAGGGCAGAAGAUUUUGUAACUCUGACCCCCGUAUUCAAAUCGCUGACAGAUGAGGAAAAUUUCGAAAGUGCGGAAGAAAAUAUCUUGAAAGUUUCAGAAGAUAAACCUGAGAUAGGAUGCAAUGUUGUGGACACUUCAAGAAUUUUUUCAUUCGAAGACUUUAAUCUUCACCCCAAAAUCAUAGAAAAGCUUAAAAAGUAUGAGAUCAUUAACCCAACACCUAUACAAAAGCAAGCCAUACCAUUGAUCAUGAGUAGCAAGAGCAUACUGAUUCACUCUGAGACAGGAUCUGGCAAAACUCUAGUAUUUUUGUUGCCCGCUAUUCAGGAUCCUGGGAAAAGUUUUGGUACAGUGAUUGUGGUGCCCACCAGAGAACUGGCGAGUCAGUUGGUGUUUGAGGCUCAUCGGUUCUUUGGAAAUAAGACUGUGGUGGAAUCUUUUGUAAGUGGCAACUGUCGGUUAUCAUUAACCUUGUUUAUACACUGUAAUACAAAGAAUGCCAGUGGUAAGAGAUGCCUAGGCAUAUUUUGCUUAUUGGUACUUAAUUUUGGUGGGUCUUCAAUUUUGCAUUUUUUGUGAUUGUAAAAAAUAUCACAAAAUUUAAGACCCACAAAUUUAAAUCCUCACGAAAUUUAAUACCCAAACAGAAAAUUCAAAAUAUCACAAGAAAAUGAUUUUAAACAUGUAAUAUAAUAAUUAUCCAGAAUAUGUAUUGGCAAGUACACAAAUUAUUACAUGUAAAGUUUACUCGUGUCUUUGGUUGUGAAAUAACAUUGAUUUGCAAAGAUUUCACUCAUGACAUGGAGAAUCAUAAAAAAUAUUUUAAAAGUUCAAAUUUUUUUGCAAAAUACUUAAAGUGCUUGUUUCACAUUUUCCUCUUGAAAUCACAAAAAUAAGACCCCACAAACCCUCUCCCACCAUAAUAGUGAAAGUACCAAUAAAGAUAAUUGCUUAAAAUUUUUACAGGGGAGGCAUUUACUUAUUUUCCAAUUUUCCCUAAGAAAGGAUGUUCUGCUGAACAGAGUACGAUUUUAGGUGGCCUGGGAAAACAGCCAUUUCUGCUCGCUCCUUGUGGACGUUUCACAAGGAGGAAUGUCUGCGACUCAGCGACAGAAAUUCUAUACUGAUGACGUGAAUCAAUGUUUACAUAAGAAAUUCAGUAGUCAUGGGGUUCCAAAUGCAAAUUUGUUCAACUUUAUGUUUGUUCUGGUCGAUUUUGGUUAAGUGUUGUGUUCAUCUGCAAAGGAGCUCCAGCAAAACUCAAAUGCUUCUUCUAGAGAGGAAUAUAUUCCACAAAUAUCGACUGUUUUGUUAUAGAUUCAUUGCAUUUACUUUUGACCUUUGUAGCCUUUUGUCUUUUGUCUGUCAUUCAUAAACAAUCGCUAAAACAAUGUAACUACUCCGUUGUCCAAUCAGCACUUAUGACCGGAUUCUGGACAGAUUUUACGUCAUCAGUAUGGAAUUUCUGUCGCUGAGUUGCAGAUGUUCCUUCUCAAAAAACGUUCUUAGCGGCGUCAGGAGCAAGGAAAACAGUUGUUUUUGCAGGCUAGGUUUUCGGGUAUUUUGUCUUAAGCUGGUUAUAGGAUUGCACUAUUCUAAAUUUAAUGCCCUAACCAAGGUGUCUGUCUGAAGAUUUUGAACAAGUAAAGGUCCAGCUGGACUAGUGUUGGUAAUCAGCUGAGAUUUCAGAGAUAAAACAAAGUGACAAUAAUAAUUCAUUAUCCGAAUAAAAUAUAACUUAACUAGUCACUUUCUUGCUAGGUGAGUGGUGUGGACAUGGCUAAACAGGAAGCAAGGUUAAAAGAUCGAACCAACAGGCCUUUGAUUGCCAUUGGCACUCCAAAGAGACUAUUGGAAAUCAUUGACAAGGAUCCUCUACUUGUACACAGAACAAAGAGACUUGUGAUUGAUGAAGUUGACAAAACUCUUUUACCCCUUAGCAAGCGGGUUUCAAUAAAGAAGAGAACUCUACGAGAGAACCAUCCCAGGCCUGCCAAGCUGCUAGUGGAGAAGAUAAAAAAAUACUCAAGAGUAAUUAUAAAUUAAUACAGUGAAAUCUAUAUUACGUAGACCACACAAUUUUUUAGGCAGAUACCCUCUAGAAACUCUCUAGAAGUUUUUCAGGAUCCAUUUGAAACAGCAUUGCUCCCAGUCUCCACAAAAACAAAUCUUAAAAACCAUGAAUACUGAUUUCUGGAAAGGAAACUACCAUACAGAUGUCUGUCAAGUAACUUUUUGGUCAAAAUCCAAAUUAAUACUAGGAAAAUACACCCCCGAAUUCUGGUAGAAAACCAAUAUUUCAAUCUCCAAAACACCUUCUCGACCUCUGCAUCAAGCUUGGUGAAUAAUCUUUCACAUAUAACGCAAAAACCCACUUUGAAUGGUCAUCCUCCUCAACAUCAUCAUUCUGAUCCUCAUCAUGAUCAUAAUCAUCGAUCUUCUUCGUCAUCAAAGUGAUCUUUUUUUUUACUCCUGGCAGCAUUAUUUACAAUCAUGAUCUACAGUGAAGGGACAUCUUCUUUGGGGACUCACGGCUCAGUAACUCAAUCACCCCUCCCCUAGCUUUCUGGCAGAGAUUCAAAUAUUGAUUAAUUUUACAACUGUUGAAUGUUAGGUGAGGCCAGUUCAGCUUAUUGGAGUGUCAGCUACUGUGAAUGAUGAACUGAAAGACGACUUGUCAGAAUUGGGUUGGGGAGAUCAUGUGACAGUCAUUCAGUCCCCCGCAUUUGAGGGAAAGCGCCGUAGUGUUCCAACCUGCAUCAAACAUCAGUAUGUUGUCUGUGAUGAAUCUUCUGGAAGGUCAAAAGCCCAAACUCUUGCAAGGUAAAUGUACUUUAGUGAUCUGGCGUGUAGAGUUGAUCACUGUCAAGUUGUAGAGCUUUUCUUUCUGUCUAGCCACCAUUUUGCCACACUACCACUGGUUCCCCCGCAAAAUGAUGUCUGAGUAAUGACUACCAGAAUUUUCAUACUGAUGACAUGUCAUUAUUUAAUUUAUUAAAAAUAUAUUGCCCAAAAGACAUCUUUGGAGUUAUCUUUUGUAGUUAUGACUACCAGAAUUUCCAUACUGAUGACAUGUCAUUAUUUAAUUGAUAGACAGCACUUUUCAUAGAAUAUGGGCUGUGCCCAAAAGGCUGAUAUUUUGGAAUUAUUAUUAUUAUUUAUGAUAGGGUCUUUGGAGUUAUAAUGCUGGUCCCUGUCACUUCUCUAAAUCACUGUAGGUUCUACUGUUCAGACACACACUGCCUAUGGUUGAAGUGGAAAGCGAUUGAUGUCAUGGGCAAAUUAAGGGUUUGGCUGAGGGAACCGUGGCCACCCCGCACCCCUUUUUCCGUGAAAUUUUAAGAAUAAUGUAAAGAAUUCUCAGUAAAAUAAAUAGUAUUUAUUAUAUAGAUGCGAGUGUUUUACUGGAAAAUAUACCACUCAUAAAAUUCAUAAAAACUACAUCCGGGACCCAAGUGGUUUAUUUUCCUAUAUAUAUAACUGGCUCAUGCCCCAGACACCCGUUUCCAAACUUUCUGGAUCUGCCCCUGAAUGUAAAACUUUAACAAAAUUAAUUUGUUUCAGGAUUUUCAGGAAAUCAAACCAGAAAUCUGCCCUUGUGUUUAUCCACCGACUUCACUCAGUGGACAGUUUUGUUUGGGAGUUAAGAGAUCUGGGUUUAAAUGCAGUUGCUCUUUACAGAAAAGUGGCAAACCAAGAUCCUGAAGAAUUUGAACAGUUUCUUAUGCAGUUUCGUACUGGACAAAUAGACAUUGUUGUUGGCACUGAAGAAACUGUAAGGGGUUUGGACUUCAAAGACUUAGAUCAUGUGUAUUUAAUGGAAGUCCCAAAAAAUAUUGAUGAGUAUUUACACCUUGCCGGAAGAGUUGGUCGUCAGGGGAGACCAGGCACAGCAACCACUUUGGUAUCUCAAGGGGACCAAAGAGAGGAACGAAGAAUUAGGCUGGAAUAUCGAAGGCUUGAGCUGCCUUUUGAAGAAAUUGUAUUGGAUGAAAGUUUUUAA